GCCAUCUCCGUGGAACUACACAUGACUGUCAAGGAGAGCCCGCCGCUUUUUGCUCGUGCUAUUGCACAGAGCGUCGUCAGAUCACCCUUCCCACCCUGAGCAACAGCAGCCCCUCUUCGAUUUAUACGCAAGGGAAGCGGGUGCGAUCUGCCUGAUGCGCUAAUGAAAAUGUCAUGUAUCCGUAGGGCAAAUGUCAGUAUGCUUGCAGCAGCGCAGGAUGUUGCAUUCCAGCAAUUGUCCUUGGAAUACCGUACAUUUGGCCCUGUUGUAGACAACGUGCUAAUUACUGGACACCCUACGUCAAAGUUCCAGUGCGGUGACUUCACUCAUGUUCCGCUUUUAGUUGGUGCAACAUCGACGAAGUCUUAUUCCCAAGAUGUUUGGGGACAUCUCUGUGGCACUUAA